UUUUCAGGCUCCUGUUCGCAUUGAGGAUUCUAGGGGCGACAGAUUUUUCGAAACAUGGCGACAUCCUCGUUACAGAAAGCUAUCGAACUGGUAACAACUGCCACAGAGGAGGAUAAAGCUGGCAAGUACGAAACUGCCCUCACAUACUACGACCAGGCCAUAUCUUACUUCAUUCAUGCUAUAAAGUAUGAGGCACAGGGAGAUAAGCAGAAAGAGACUAUCCGAACGAAAUGUACUACAUACCUGAAUCGAUACGAGCAAAUAAAGAAGUUCUUGAAGGAAGGCAAAGGCAAGAAGCCAAUGAAGGAGGGCGGAAAGGAUUCAAAGGAUAGCGACUCGGAUGAGGACACAGACAAGAAGAAACUUCAGGACAAACUGUCCGGUGCUAUCGUAAUGGAAAAGCCGAAUAUCAAAUGGAGCGAUAUAGCAGGAUUGGAAACGGCAAAAGAAGCAUUGAAGGAGGCAGUCAUUUUACCCAUCAAAUUCCCACAGCUUUUCACUGGAAAUCGAAAACCAUGGCGAGGAAUAUUGUUGUUUGGUCCACCUGGUACGGGUAAAUCCUACAUAGCAAAAGCAGUUGCAACUGAGGCCGACAAUUCGACAUUCUUCUCGGUAUCGUCAUCUGAUCUCAUGUCAAAAUGGCUCGGUGAAUCAGAAAAAUUGGUUAAAAACCUAUUCGCUCUUGCUCGAGAACACAAACCGUCCAUCAUAUUCAUUGAUGAGAUUGAUUCCCUUUGCUCAUCUCGGUCAGAUAAUGAAAGCGAGAGUGCUCGUCGUGUCAAGACCGAGUUCAUGGUACAAAUGCAAGGUGUUGGAUUGGAUAACGAUGGUAUACUUGUACUUGGUGCCACAAACAUUCCUUGGAUCCUAGAUGCUGCCAUAAGAAGACGUUUUGAGAAAAGAAUCUACAUUCCACUACCUGAGAUGAAUGCUCGUAAAGAUAUGUUCCGUUUGGAUGUUGGACGUAAUAAUAACAACUUAACUGACAACGACUAUAAGAUCCUUGCCGAACGAACCGAAGGUUAUUCCGGAUAUGAUAUCAAUAUCCUGGUUAAAGAUGCUUUGAUGCAACCAGUUCGUCGUGUGCAGGCGGCCACACAUUUCAAAUAUGUAAGCGGUCCGUCUCGAACGGACCCCUCGGUUAUGGUCCACGAUCUGUUGACGCCGUGCAGCCCUGGUGAUCGUGGAGCAAUGCCUAUGAGUUGGCUGGAUGUACCCGGUGAUAAGCUUGCAGAGCCUAUCCUUACCAUGCAAGAUAUGCUGAGAUCGUUGGCGACAGUAAAACCUACUGUAAAUUCUGCAGACCUGACAAAACUGGAGGCUUUCAAGAACGAUUUUGGUCAAGAAGGAUAAUUUGUAUUCCUUCACUUGACCGGUGGUGAAUGCUCGCCGAAUUUUUUUUCGUAAACCUUUGUUGUACCUGCUUGUCCUUCUUCCAUCGGUGUGUGGCCACAUUAGCUAUGAAUGUGGUCGUUGUAUAAACAGUCCGGAAAAUUCUUAUAAUCGUCACGCCAAAACGAAUUUGUGACAUCACGGGUUGAACAUGAACUUUGCCCCUUGUUCGACCAUUUGUGGCGUGUUCUUCUCCCCAGUUUUGUAACCGUAAGUGGUGCUUAGUGACCAUCAUCGGUAUUGAUUUACUUCAUUGUAAAAUUGAUAAAUAUGUAAUUUCUUUGUUUCUUUCAGUAGCUUGCAAUGAUUUAAAGACAUUCAUGCGUGUUUAGAGCUCAUUGAAAUUUCUCCAUUAGGAAUUAUCCUAAGUUUUUAGAUUACAAGUUUUGCUUUUUUUCGAAUGAACUUUUGCUAAGUAGCAUGUGCAUUAAGCCUUUUUUGACAGUAUG